CAAAAGCCUCUAAAAAAGUGCUCGGAGGUCUCUGACAAAUUCAGUAGCUCUGUAGAAGCUGUAGACUGGGUAGAGUUCAUCAGUCCCUUCUGACUUGCUGGCUCCCAACAGUGUGAGGGAUCAGCAACAGACGUUGCUGAUUGCUUUUCUGCCUUGGCCCUUUCCCAUGUAGGACCAUAUGGGGCAUGCUCUGCUCAACUCUUUGUCUGCAGCUCACUGUUUUUUGAGGAGCCGAGAGCUGUUUGUCAAAGUGCAUGCAACCUGUCAAGCCUGUGCAAAGGAAAAAAGAGCAGAAGCAUAACCUUACUGUUUGUCUAUGUUAUUGUGUGUUUGUAAACUGUUACAAGGUCCAUCUUACCAGGUAGAACUGAACCACAGCAGCACGUAGAACUGAGCAUGUAGCUCUCACCAGCAGCCAUGGGUGAAUUAGUGGUGGGUGGAAGUUGGUGACACCAAGGUUGUCCUAGCAGCUAUCACUGAGAGCUAUCUGCAAGCAGAGUGGAAGGGCACUGGUCUGAAACAUGGGCGUAGAGCCCUGGGCUGGCAGCAGUGCUGUUGGGCUGGGGUGUUAGAACUGUAGGCGUGCCAGGGUUGCAACAAAGCAUCUGACUUUGAGGAGAUUUUUAGCACAGAUGAGAUUUCUGACCUGAAUUCCAGGGCUGAAGGAAUGCUGGAAAUGUGGCCCUCGGGUUCCUGAAACAGCUGGCUUGGUGGGGCUAGCCUGUGCUUAUUCAGAUUUGGUGACAGAAAGGAGAGAGGACGGGAGGGGCUGUCACGGCUGCAUGUAGCAAUGCUCAGCCUGCUCUCAGAACAAAGCUGAGUUGUUUGGGCAUCCCGUAUGUGGCAGGGCUGCAGCUGCACUGCCUGCUGCUGUGUGUGUGACCUGAGCUCAGGUCUGAGGGAGUCGCCUUGGAGGUGCUGAGUCGCAUGGCCCCAGAGAUGCUGCCCUGAGCCCUUGGAACUGCUUCCUGGUGGAGGCGGAGCAGGCGGCUUGCUCAGCCAGUGAGGGUCAGGGGAUGCUCCUUCACCGGCAGUGACAGGAAGAGGGAGAAAGCAGAGGGCCUUGCCGGGGAAUGGGGGCACCAAGAACCCCUCACCUGACCCGUUGUUUCUGCCUCUGCCUGCACACAAGGGUCUGGAGCAGCCAAAAAGAUGGCUUCUCCAGGUACCCCAGGGACCCGUAUGACGACCACAGUCAGUAUCAACAUUUCCACACCGUCCUUUUACAACCCACAGAAGAAGUUUGCACCUGUGGUUGCCCCUAAACCCAAGGUGAAUCCUUUCAAGACUGGGGGUCCAUCAGAGUCAUCGCUGCCACAGCCUCCUGGAGCUGGCGCCCAGCGUGCCCAGAUGGGGAGAGUGGGGGAGAUCCCCAUAUCUGUGACGGCAGAAGAGCUGCCACUGCCGCCUCCUCCCCCACCUGGAGAGGAUCUAAGUUUCUCCUCAAACUGUGCUUUUCCUCCACCCCCACCACCCUUUGAAGAGCCUUUUCCACCAGCCCCAGAUGAAGCUUUUCCUUCUCCUCCUCCACCUCCUCCACCAAUGUUUGAUGAAGGACCUGCCCCACAGGUGCGUGGCAAGAUGAACAGCAUUGAUCUUGAGAUUGACUCACUGUCCUUAAUGUUGGAAGACAUGGAGAAGAAUGACCCCUUCAAAUCCCGGAUACCUCCAGGAUCCACAGGUUCUCUGGAGAAACCCUUGGCCCCAAAAGCUCAUGUGGAAAUCUCAUCUGCACCCAGAGAUCCGACACCUCCUUUUCCUUCCAAGUUCACUCCAAAGCCAAGUGGUAGCUUAUCUUCCAAGCCCCUUGGAUUGGAUUCAACUCCUGCCCCAGCUCCAUGGGCAGCUCCACAGCAGCGCAAGGAGCCCCUAGCAUCAGUCCCUCCACCCUCUUCUCUCCCAUCUCAGCCUACUGCUAAAUUCAUACCACCCUCUGUUGCCAGCUCUCCUGGAUCCAAACCAGGUGCCACUGUUCCCAUGGCUCCUUCAAACUCUACAAGAUAUCCUACCUCCCUUCAGACUCAGUUCACUGCCCCUUCACCCUCAGGUCCCUUGUCUCGGCCUGCGCCUCCCAAUUUCACCCAUGCUCAGCAGUGGGAAAGACCUCAGGUGCAGGAGAAACCUGCUCCCACUGAGCAAUCUGCUGCUGCAAAAGACAUGCAUAGACCCAGUGCAAAUCCACCUAAGGGAAACUCUCCUCUGACCAUGAAGGAGGUAGAAGAGCUGGAGCUGUUGACUCAGAAACUAAUGAAGGAUAUGGACCAUCCACCUCCAGUAGAAGCUGCUACUUCUGAGCUCUGUGGCUUCUGUCGGAAGCCCCUGUCACGGACCCAGCCAGCUGUGAGAGCUCUGGACUGCCUUUUCCAUGUAGAGUGCUUCACCUGCUUCAAGUGUGAGAAGCAGCUGCAGGGGCAGCAGUUCUACAAUGUGGAUGAAAAGCCCUUCUGUGAGGACUGCUAUGCCGGAACCCUGGAAAAGUGCAGUGUCUGCAAACAGACCAUUACAGACCGGAUGCUGAAGGCCACUGGUAACUCAUACCAUCCUCAGUGCUUCACCUGUGUGAUGUGCCAUACUCCUCUGGAGGGAGCCUCCUUCAUAGUGGACCAGGCCAACCAGCCUCACUGUGUGGAUGACUACCACAGGAAGUAUGCUCCACGCUGCUCAGUAUGUAGUGAACCUAUCAUGCCAGAGCCUGGGAAAGAUGAGACAGUGCGUGUGGUGGCACUGGAGAAAAACUUCCACAUGAAAUGUUACAAGUGUGAGGACUGUGGGAGGCCAUUAUCUAUUGAGGCUGAUGAAAACGGCUGCUUUCCACUGGAUGGGCACGUUCUAUGUAUGAAAUGUCACACUGUUCGUGCUAAAACAGCGUGCUGAGGAGUUUGGAGUGAGCAUACCCUCAAGACCCCUGCACUCAGUAC